AUGUCGGUCAAAGAACUCACCCAAGGAGGCACCAAUGUGCUCUUCUGUAAAUCAUUUGGCGCAAUUCUUGUAGGCAACCAAGGCAACGGGCCUGAAAUAGGCUUUGCUAAAGAAACAUCUGGUAAUAAAAUCAAAGUUUUGCGCACCAAUGGAGGAGGUGAAUACACCUCAAAUGCCUUUGAAGACUGGCUACGCAGCAAGGGAAUUGAACACCAAAAGACCAAGGCAAACUCGUUGAAAAGUAAUGCCGUAGCCGAGCGCGCGAUAAGGACGUUAAACAACUCCAAACAAUGUAUGCGCGCCAAUGCCGACUUACCGGACAAAUUCUGGGGCUACGCCAUACUCCACGCGGCAUACAUAUCAAACGUUACCCCAAAGACCUCUCUAAAUGGUCAAACGCCCGAAGAGGUAUUUUCAGGCCAAACUCCCAAUGUAGCUCGACUUUGUAUUUUUGGCUGCACGGCAUGGGCAAGAAUACCCAAUAAUAAGCGUACUUACCUGGACUUUGCACCAAAUCAAAAGGCGCAUUUACUUGUUCAACGAGAAACCGGAAAGAUCCUAACCUCCCAAGACGUUGUAUUUGAUGAAGGAAUUGGAAAUUGUCAUUGGGUAAUACUAGAAACCUACAAGGACAACUCUAGCGCUGAAAACGAGCCAAAAUCCAACGCUCACAACUCUAACACCAAAAACAAACCAAAGCCCAAGACUCACGACUCAAAUGCCAAAACCAAACCAAUGGAAAAUCCACCAGCAGCAGAGCCGGUAACAUUUCAACGCUCGACUCGACCCUCAAAACCUCCUCAACGGUACAGGGCAAAUGUGGGCGCUGAAGAUGCAUGGUUAACGCAUAUAAACGCGAUGGUAGAGGCAUUUAACACUGCUCUAGCUGCUCCCCCAACAACCUUUGCCGAGGCGAUGUCCUGCGUAGAUGCUCAAAUGUGGAUGGGCGCUAUGAACGAGGAGUACGACUUGAUUACUAAGCACGGUGUGGGAAGACGAGUUGAGCAACCUAUCGGAAGAAAUGUGGUCAAAUGCAAAUGGGUUUUUGGGUACAAGAUAGGUCCAAACAGCGAAAUCCUACGGUAUAAAGUCAGACUGGUUGCAAAAGGAUACUCUCAGCGUCCAGGUAUCGAUUUUGAAGAUACGUCCUCACCCGUUGCAAAUUCCGACUCCACGCGUACACUCCUGGCCAAAGGUACGAGCAAAGAUUACGACAUAAUUCAGCUCGAUAUCAAGACUGCCUUCUUACAUGGCACAAUUGAGGAGGAGAUAUACAUGGAGCAGCCCGAAGGCUUUGAGGACGAUCCCGUGAAAUACGUUUGGCGGCUCAAGAAGGCACUAUACGGCCUCAAGCAAGCAGCGCAAGCAUUUUAUUCUUGA